ACUUAGCUAAACUAAGCUCGGUUAGCUUAUCUGGCGACGUCAAGAACUCCAGAUGUUCUCUCUCGUCCGCGGCUUGUGGACAAAACGGACCUUUAGGAAGGAUAUUUGGGACGUUUUUUUAAACAGAAAAUUCCUGUAUAAAAUAUGUUCUGGGACUCUGCAGUAUAAAACAGACUGCAGCAGAAACCUGACUGUCGAGCCGCUGUCUGUGGGCUUAGCGUUGGGUCGACCUCCACACAGAGCUGAGAAUUCCACAGACAGCUGCAUCAGACUCUGCUGGUCUUGACAACAACGACUGGGUUCAGCCACCUCACCCCCCAAGACUGAGACAAGACUACGUCCAUAAUGAGGUCAAGAACGAGACGACUCAUUUAUGAUCUCAAGACAGAUAUUUUAAGAUGGAGAGAGGACCUGAGAACUACAACACAAUUAUUACUCUUUAUUUCAGUUGACUGGGCUGGACAGGACAGGACAGGCAUCUGUCUACAUAUCCUGUAGGAUUUUAAAUCCUAGUCCUGGACUGAACAGCAUUUUGAAUAGAGAUUUUGCAGCUUACUUCAAGACCGUAUAGCUGUGCAUUGUCAGUAGCCCAUUUCCUGCAGACUGCCAGACUAGCCCCAAAAAUCCUUUACAUAAUUGAUAACUAGGUUAUAAAUACACCAGCACACAAGGGCUCCUCCAUCAUGUGAAGUGCUGCAUGGGUGUCCUGUCGAGUGAGAGAGGCAGAGAGAGAGAGAGAGAGGGGAGAGAGAGCAGCUGCCUGAGUUAGUUCUUCCUUCCCGUCCAAUCGCCUCCCAUGAUUACAUCAACAGUGCUGCAUCGUGCUCGCGCCUGGGCUGCAGCGACCCCUCCUCUAUUUUUGCACGCGGAUAGCUCUCUCUGCACAACUGCACUUCACACAGCAAGUGUUUUCGCACACAGUCCUGUCUGAAACACUCGCGAUGUCGCUGUACCCGUCUCAGAUGAAAGCUUUCAAAAGCGCCGAGCCCAAAACCCUCGGGGCAGUGGAAAUGAUAAUUGGCACGCUGACAGUCAUUCUGAGCACUAUCGUCUAUAAACUGCACUACCAUAUCCAGCGGGAGAUCAUCAUCCUCAUCAUAAAUGGUGCUCAGCUCCUUAUUACUGGAAUUGUGUUGGUGCAUGCUGGCAGGAAACCUACUAAAUGCCUGGUGGGUACAAACAUUGUUUUGCAGCUCCUGACCGCAGCGUUUGAUAUUGUUGGAUUUGGUCUCAUGGCCAGGCAUAUUCCUUUCCGUGGGGAGUCUUAUUAUUACAGAGACACUGAGUGGUGUUGUGACCCACUCCAUUCAGUUUGGGCUUGCUGUGGAGAAGGAGAGAGAGGGGGCCACAAAGAGUUUUUGGUGAAUGGGAUUUUGUGCACUCUGAUUGGUUGCUUGGUGCUGGCAUGUAUUAUUGGUCUGGUCGUGGCACUUUUUGGUGUGUACGCCCUGUCUGUCAGUGCUAUUAAGGACAUGACACCAAUUCCGAACGCCACAGGAAAUCCACAGUUCAGUGCUGGAGGACACACCAGGUGCUGUCCGUGGUUGGCUCCUUGGAUUCUGGAACGUUACAGCGGGAGAUUGCUGACAGGUCAGGAAUUUCUCUGAGUCACAUACGUCUGCGACGUCGAUUUCCUCGCUGUAUCAAAUUUCCUACAGCGAGCAACCAAUGAAUAGGAAGAAUAGAAUAAAAGCAUCUUAAUUGAAUGCACUUUAUUCAAUAAAACUUAAACUUCCACAUCAGAA